UCCUCGAAUCCACGCACACCCACCGCUGCGCUCACCCGGCAGCGCCUACACAUCCCGCCUCCGAAACGACACGGAACGCGCCUAAAUCUGCUUGCCAUGCAGUGCAAGGGGUCCUCUCGCUAGUCGCAUUAGCAUAAUCACGCGCUUCGGGAUGCUAAACGAUCCAGGCGUUUGAUCACAGUCCACGCUAUAUAACAUGGCCUCCAUCGCUGUCUGUCUUGUGCUCGCAUCUGCUCCCCCCGACCAUCUCUCACCCUCCGCCACCAUCCUCGUGCGUGACCUUUGCAGUGCGUCAGUCUUAAAAUCAAAUCGCCCACACCCCGCACCUCCUGUACACGAUGCGCGCAUUCAACAUCAUCGAGCACCCCACCUUCGAGACGACCUCCUCGCGCAGGGACUACUUCACCCUCUUUGGCAUGGCGAGCGUCGUCGCCGCGCUGGCCACAACCGCCGUCACGUUGCGCGUAAAGGGCAUCCCCCUCUCCUCUCUUGUUGACGCAUUUGUACACGUCCAUCCAUGAGCAGCAUCUGCUUCUGGCUGGGAUACGCGCCGCAAUGAUCACAAGCUAGCUCAGCUGACAGGUGAGCAUUCUACAC